CCCCCUGGGCGGGAGCAAUGUUGAUCCGGGAACCUCUCCAUUUGGAGCCGGUGGGAGAAGCCGCUGCGUUUCCGUCAGGACUCUUUUCGCUGUGACACCCACUCCGCCUCCUUCUCCUCUACCUUCAAUAUCCCCCCACCCCCCCGGCAGGGCAAGGUAGGAAUCCCCCCCUUCACCCACCCCCUACCCACCCCCCAGAUCUUUCCUUCCCAGCUUCAAUGCGUCCCUCUCCUUUCACCCUCUGGUUUUCCUUCUUUUGGAAACUGGACAUGCUCUUGAGCCUCCCCGGGCUGGAAAGAAGGGGGCGACGGGCAACCUGACCUGGACCCCCCACUGUGGCCGCUUGGGGGGGCGAGGCUGCAGCGGGCACCUUUGGAAGACCACCCCCCUUUGGCAUCUCCUCGUCACAGGGACCCUUCCAAAGGUGGGACGCCGAGGGGAUGUCGGCUGCCAACUUCAGCAACCCUGGGGCGAAUGAUCUCCAGCACUGAUCUUUCCACCUUGCCAGGAUGCCUUGGCAUUGCUUGCUGCCAGCUGUGCCCACUGGAUGGAGGGCACCUCUCUUGAACUGGUUCCCACCAUCAGUGCCCCUUCGGAGACCUGACAGGCUUCUUGGAGUGGCGCUUGCGGAUUAGCCCCCGGUGCUGUCAGCCGAGACGUUCUUCGUCCCUUCCUUGCAUCCUGGAAAUUUGGGACUGGGCAUGUGCCGUACCAGCCAUAGCCCUACGCAUGGCCUAGGCAGUGACUGCAAACUGUGUCGCUGGGACCGCUGCGGGCCAACAACUUCUACGACCGCUUUGGACGCGUAGGAUUUCUCCACUGGGAUGUUCCUGUUUCCUGUACUCAGCCCUCCAAGAUGGGCGUACGCUGGUGGCCGCUCACCUUGGCGUGAGACUUGGGUGCAGAAAUGAGACUUGAGAUGUAACUUAGGGACAUCGCCCAAGCAAGAUUUGGCUGCUCACCCCAAGAGAACACUUUGGAGGAGAUACUUAUGGAGCUGGAGAGACAUUCCAAGUCGACAGAGGAUCGCCACAGACCGGCUGAAACCAUGGAACGCCCCCCUCCGCGGGACUCCUCAAGUAACAUGGGGCACACCAAGCUGGAUCUGGAGGAUAAGAAAGAGGUGGCCCGAGUUUCACCCCCUAAACUAUCUCGCCCACCAGUGCCUUCUCCUGCGGGUGCCCUUCUUCAGGGUUUGAGUGGGCUGCCUGGAGCAGGCAAACGGGCACACGUUCCUGUAGGGGCCACCAGCUUGGAACAAGGAGAAACUUCUCGACUGGGGCGCUACUUGCUGAUUGACAGCCAGGGGCUGCCGUACACGGUUCUGGUAGAAGAAGGGGUGGGGACAGCGGGGUCAACCACAGGAAGCCCCGAGGGUGGAGGCAACGGGGGGCCCUUGCGUAAGGUCUACUGCUGCCCGGUGUGUUCGCGGACAUUCGAGUACCUGUCCUACCUGCAGCGCCACAGCAUCACCCACUCGGAAAGCAAGCCGCACGUCUGCCGAGCGUGUGGCAAGGCCUUCAAGCGCACGUCCCACUUGGAGCGCCACAAGUACACCCACUCGGGACGCAAGCCCCACCAGUGCCCCAUCUGCCAGCGGAGCUUCCGCGACUCGGGGGAGCUCUCGCACCACCAGCGGGUGCACACGGGCGAGCGGCCGUACCAGUGCGAAGCGUGCCACAUGCGCUUCGGUGAGCGCAACACUCUCCAGAGGCACAUCCGGCGGAAACAUCGCCUACAGCUCCUCCCCACACCGUAGAGACUCUCUUUCUGGGGACCUGCCUUAUGUCACAGGCAUAGAGAUCCCACUGCCUACCCGGACCUUGGGAGUCUACCUUUUGGGACUAGCUAGCUAGCAUGGGAGCAGCAGUGGCGUAGGAGGUUAAGAGCUCGUGUAUCUAAUCUGGAGGAACCGGGUUUGAUUCCCAGCUCUGCCACCUGAGCUGUGGAGGCUUCUCUGGGGAAUUCAGAUUAGCCU